AUGGGAGAUCGUCGAGGACAAUUUCGAAUUUUCGUCGGAAACACGCAGCAGGUUUCUUAUUCUGACAUCAGAGAGAAGUUUUCGGAGUUUGGAAAAGUUGCUGAAGUCGAUUUGAAAGGUUCUUAUGGAUUUGUGGGCUUCGACACGGAAGAAGCAGCUCUCCUCGCUGUUGAAAAGAUGGACAAUGCUGAAUUCAAAGGAAGGCAGCUAAAUGUCGAAAUGUCGCUUGGAAAGCCCCGUGGAAGUAACAACUCAGGAGGAAACAACCGCGAGAAUCGAAAUUUCGAUCGUGAUCGAAGCAACAAUGGAACUGUCAAGCUUCAUGUCGCCGGAGUUGGAAUGAAUCCCGAUGUCGACAGAGUCAAGAAAAUAUUCGAGGAGUACGGAAAGGUCCAUGAAGUCCACUCGAUUCAAAAUCGCGAUAUUGUUUUCGUCCACAUCGAUGAAAAAGCCCCAGAACUUGCGAUGGUCGGUUUGAAUGGCCAAGAUUAUGAUGGAAGAAAAUUGAAGAUUGAGUAUGGAACGCUUCAGGAUAAACCGCACUAUGAUAAGCGCGCUCCUAAGGCAAAGCUUCACGUCGCUAAUUUGCCUGAUUGCUCUUUGGAUCACUCUGAAAUCUUGCGGAAAAAGUUUGAUUUGUAUGGAUCUGUUGAAGAAGCGGAAAUGAUCAAGUCGAAGCAUAUCGCUUUUAUCCGAAUCGACGAGCGUUAUGCCCAGCGUGCUAUCAAUGCUAUCAAUAACUCGUACUUCUUCGGCAAGACUAUCAAAGUCCAGUUUUCCAAACACAAUCAAGGCGGUCAGGAUCGUCAGGGUCCCGGUAUGAUGGGAAAUCUUCCAAUGGGUCUUGCCGGUGUUAAUGAUUUUGGCGGUGGUUUUGGCGGUCCUCCCCCACCAAUUCGCCCCGCCGGCCCGCCUCGGUUUUGUUACGAUGAUUUCUCGCAGCUCUCCGGGCAGCGGCCAAAUGUCCGUCUCGUUCGUCCCAACGAUAUUGACGGGCUUAUCGUUCGUCGAAAAAGACUCGAGACCAUUCAUCCUUAUGAGCGUCAGUUGCUUUCCUACCCAGCUGAGUCUCGAGAUCUUCCUCCUCCUCCACCAGAGUUCUUGCGUCUUAUCAGAGAUAGAGCUGAAAUCAAAUCGCAAAUUCUUCUCCAUCAGGCUGAAUUAGACGGAAAACUGACCCUUCUGAGUAAAGACGACGACGAGUAUGGCUUCGGCGGUUCCACGCGAUCUCGAUCUCCGAUCGUUCCUUACUCUCGAGGCAAAGGCGACUCCCAGGGCUACGAUUACGGCCGCUCUUCCUAUCGCUCCAGCCCGCCAAAGUCUCGAUACGCCAACACUGAGGGAGGCUACAACACCGGUGUCUCAGGAAUUUCCUACGGCGGCAAUGGCUCCUUUGAAUCGCGAUACUAG